UUAUUUGCAAACUCUUUAAACGGAUCCGAAGAAAGAUUUUUUUUUUUCAUAAUUUUCUGCCUUUUUUUGUUUAAUUAGCAAAAAAUAAAAAACCCAGUGUUGUGAUUAAAUACCACCAAAAGAAUGCUCCAAUUUUGUAAAAAAAAAAAAAAUACAAAAUUCAUUUGGGUGCAGUGUUUGCAUGACCGCACAAUUGUCAUUCAAAGUGCAAUAGCACUAAAAGCUGAACAUUGGCCAGGCAGGAAGGGGGUGAAAGUACCUGGUAGGCAAGUGGUU